GAAAAUGCAAUCAGUAGUCCAAGUGAUCACCUGCCAAAAAACAAAGAAAUGGUAACAAAAAUGCAAGUUGAUAUUAUUUCAAGAGAAGUCAUAAAACCAUCUUCACCAACUAUUCAUCAUUACAAACCUUUCAAAUUUCCCCUUUUCAGUCAGCUUACUCCCACUACUUAUUCUCCGGUCAUCUUCUUCUAUCCCACUACAAAACCCAACUUGAACAUCACUCAAACCUUAAUUCAUCUGAAGAAAACUCUUGCAGAAACCCUAACUCUGUACUACCCUUUUUCUGGAAGAGUAGUUGAUAACCUUUCCAUUGAUCAUUUCGAUGAAGGUGUUCCUUUCUUUAUAGCAAGAGUUACUGGGCUAGUGCUAUCCGACUUUCUUAAAAACCCAGAAAUUGAGCUCUUGAACGGGUUCCUUCCAUAUAAACCUUUCACUAAAGAAACAGACAAAGGAGUUCCGCAAAUGGCAUUUCAGGUGAAUGUGUUUUCCUGUGGGGGGAUUGUUAUAGGCUGGUCUUCAUCACAUAAGCUCGUCGACGGACCAACUGGUGCAGCUUUCAUUCACGCAUGGGCUACCAUGUCACGUACAGGGUCACUCAGUGAUGUUAUAAAGCCCAAUUGUGACGAGGCAUCGAUAUUUUUUCCACCAAGGAAUCCAUUUCCAGAAGAACAUUUAUCCUUAAUGGAGAGUUUAUGGUUCACGAAAGGUAACUAUAUUUCAAAAAGGUUCGUGUUCGAUUCCAAAGCAAUAGCUUCGCUCAGGGUUAAAGCUAGAGGAGAAGGAAAUGAGAAGAAGAACAUGCCAUCGCGUGUUGAAGCUCUGUCAUGCUUUAUAUGGAAAUGUUGCAUGGCUGCGUCUAGGGCAGCUUCAGGAACACCAAAACCUUCCAUUUUAGUUGAAGCAGUAAAUCUUCGAACAAGAACAAAGCCGCCAAUGUCUAAGGUCUCUAUUGGCGAUAUCUUUUGGUGGGCAACUGCAGUUGCUGAUCCAUCUCUGCACAACAAAGAACUGCACGAGUUAGCAACACUACUUGAUGAGGCAAUUGCUUUAUAUGACAGUGACUACAUGGAAUCACUACAAGGUGAAGAUGGAUUUGAAACAAUGUCCGAGUACUGUAACCAGCUACGAGGGUUAUUUUCAAUUGAAGAACCAGAUAUUUUUGCAUUUACAAGUUGGAGUCGUCUUGGUAUUUACGAUAUGGAUUUUGGAUUUGGAAAUCCAUUCUGGAUUGGAAUAUUGGGGAAAGUUGGACCUGCUUUUCGGAACCUUACUGUAUUUCUUGAAACAAGAGAUGGUAAAGGAAUUGAGGCAUGGAUUACUUUAGACGAAGAAAGAAUGGCUCUGCUGGAGCGCGAUCCUGAGUUUUUAGCUAAUGCUUCCCCAAAUCCAAGAUUUUCAAGCCUGUGAGAUUAUAGAUAUAUAUAGUGUAGUUUGAUUUUGAUAAUAAUGAACUUAUGGUCUAAAGUAAUAUUAUAUAGAAAUCCUUCUAAGGAUGUGGUGCACUACUUGUCCAUCAAGAUCUGCACUUCUUCGGCUGCACUUUGGAAAUAUAAAUUAAAAAAGAAGAAGAUCUUAUUUGCACUUAUUUUA